UUUCGGCAUGUGCGUGGUAGUGUGGCGGAGCUGAGAGGUUACAUACCACUGUGGGGUUAUAGCCUCACUCUCCGGGGUUGUAUACUCACUCUCAGGGUUAUAGCCUCACUCUCCGGGGUAUAGCCUCACUCUCCGGGUUAUAGCCUCACUCUCCGGGGUUUCUUUACUCUUUAUUUCUCCUCUUAAUAUAUGCCGUAGCAGCGGAAGCUCAUUCGCGAGGGAGACGUUUCUAUCCCCGUGCCCGUGACCCGCGUGAUUAAGGUGGAGCGCCGUUAUCGAGCUGAACUGACGCGGGAUGGUGGGGUAUGACCCGGCCUCUAGGAGCGAAGCUCUCACCCCGGAGGAGGCGGCCCUGGCCGGGUCAGCGGCCGGCAUGGUGACACGAGCACUCAUCAGCCCUCUGGACGUGGUCAAGAUCAGGUUUCAGCUGCAGAUUGAGCAGGUGUCCUCCUGGAAGCCACAGGGGAAGUACUCCGGUGUGGUGCAGGCAUUCCGCUGCAUCCUGGCUGAGGAAGGGCCGGCUUCUCUGUGGAAGGGUCACGUUCCUGCCCAGCUGCUGUCCGUUCUCUACGGAGCCGUUCAGUUUGCCACGUUCGAGGCUCUGACUGAGCUGGUUCAUAAGAGCCAGUCCUACAACUGCCAGACGCCUGGUGUGCACUUUUUGUGCGGUGGCAUCGCAGCCUGCUCGGCAACGGUUGCCUGCCAGCCGUUCGACACACUCCGCACACGCUUCGCUGCUCAGGGGGAACCCAAGGUGUACCGGAACCUCCGUCAUGCUGUGUACACCAUGUACUGCAAGGAAGGGGCGCUCACCUUCUACAGAGGCCUUACCCCCACUCUGGUGGCCGUGUUCCCUUACGCUGGCCUCCAGUUCUUCUUCUACAACAUUCUUAAAACAUUGCUGGACAGCGACAGCGGCACAUGGAAAGGUGGCCUGCAGAGCCUGCUCAGUGGCAGCAUCGCUGGGGUCAUCAGCAAGACCAUGACCUACCCCUGCGACCUCUUCAAGAAGAGACUGCAGGUGGGGGGCUUUGAAGAGGCCAGGCUCUCCUUUGGACAGGUUCGGACGUACCAUGGCUUUGUAGACUGCAUGGUGCGGAUAGCCAGAGAGGAAGGACUCCGCGGAUUCUUUAAGGGCCUCUCACCCAGCCUGCUGAAAGCAUCUCUGUCCACGGGCUUCACCUUCUUCUGGUACGAGUUCUUCGUCAGCACCAUCACCAGCCUGAAGGGGAGCCAGUGAGCAGAGCGAUGGAUUGGAGCAGAGGCUGAAGAAGACGGCACAGGAGAAGACGAUUUGGAAGCCGCUGUUGGGAUGAAUAGAACGUAAUACAGCAGUGUGUGUCGGGUGUGUUAGGGCACUUGUGUAUAAGUAGGAAUCGUGUAUUUUGUAUGGAGAUGAGUCAAAGUGUGUAUGAACUCCUCCGACUGGAUGUAUUGUUGUAGUGACUUCACUAGAAGUCACGUCUUCUCUGCCCCACGUCAUCCUAUGCUGAUUAAAAGUGACUUAAGUGA